AUGGAGGCGGAGAGCCGCGGCGGGACCACGGCCCAGCGGCGGGAGCUGGAGGAGGAGCUGGAGGCGCUGGGGUGGUACCAUGAUAAUCUUACCCGACACGCAGCAGAAGCGCUGCUGCUUUCCAAUGGGCAGGAUGGAAGCUAUCUCUUGAGGAAAAGUAAUGAAAGGGAAGAUUUGUACUCCCUCUCUGUAAGGGGAAAAGAUUCUGUGAAACACUUCCACAUUGAAUAUACAGGAACUUCAUUCAAAUUUGGAUUUAAUGAAUUUUCUAGCUUGAAGGAAUUAGUCAUGCAUUUUGCAAACCAGCCUUUAAUUGGAAGUGAAACAGGAACCUUAAUUGUAUUGAAGCAUCCCUACCCACGGGAAGUGGAAGAACCUUCCAUUUAUGAGUCUGUCCGAGUUCACACGGCAAUGCAGACAGGAAGGACAGAAAGUGAUCUUGUUCCCAAUGCUCCUUCACUCGGUACAAAAGAAGGAUAUUUGAUAAAACAAGGGAAAAUAGUCAAGAAUUGGAAGACAAGGUGGUUUACACUGCACAGGAACGAACUUAAGUAUUUCAAAGACCAGACAGCCACAGAACCAAUUCGAGCCCUUGACUUAACUGAAUGCUCAGCUGUGCAAUUUGACUAUUCCCAGGAGAGGGUCAAUUGUUUCUGCUUAGUGUUCCCACUAAGGACAUACUACUUGUGUGCGAGAACUGGGAUAGAGGCUGACGAGUGGAUUAAAAUACUGCGCUGGAAGCUGUCACAAAUACGGAAGCAACUGGAGCAGCGCAGCACCGCUUUCGAUUCCUAGCUGUACCUCCAGUACUUCUGCUCCAUGGGCAGGAAUUGCCUGUGCCACAGGGAAGGCACUGCUUACAAGAGGAUGGUUUCAUGGCUCCUUUACUCACAGUGGGCAUGUGUGAGCAUGUAUACUCAACACAGACACUUCCAAAUCUGCACACAAAACAUUUGUACAGCUGAGUGCUCUCAGGCUGUUGAGUCAUGUGUGGAGACAGUUACAAAAUCAAGGGUGUUGGUUUGAUAUGCAUGGUGCAUGUCUGCAGUGCCCACUUAAUUCAAACACCUGUUAACUGAUCACAGCAGUCAUUGUUUUAAAGCUUUUCAUGGUUGGUUGGAGCACUUUUGAUAAUUCAUUCCAAGCUCCAUCAGAACUAACCAUUAGCAGCAUAUUCUGCAACCUCAAGCCUGUUACUUAAAGCCAGUCCUUUCUGGAAAUGUUAAUUCUUUCUUUUGUUUAGGCUCUAAAUCAAAAGAAAAAUUACAGAGGUAAUUACAUUAUUGUAAAAAGUAUCUAUAUUACAGUCCAGAGAAUAUUUCACAGCCCUUUUCAAGGUGGUGGACAAGUAACACAUUUCUGCCCAAAUACAGUUUUGUGUAGUUCGGAUUUAUGUCACAAUUAUGGCUACAAGUGAACAGCUGUUUCAGACAGCAAAUAUAGGUUAAGGGUGAGCAGCAUCAUGCAAGCACAAAUUCACAAACUGGGAUUAUGAAAAACUGACAGCUGGUUCCCAGUGCACGUAUGAUGGAGCUGCCACAGGACCCUGAGGAUGAGUGGCAAGGCUCUGCAGAAGCCUUUGCCUGCGGCAGCCACCAGUGCUGUUAGUAACAUUAUGUGAUGGGCCCUUUACAGUCCCCUUGAAAUGGGCUGGAUUUUGUACUUUUUCCUCAUGCAGAGAACUCAAAACAAGGCUUUGUCCAGAACUGUUACAGAAUUAAGUACUGCUUGCUUUAUAUUAAACAAGAGGAGCAACAGAAAAGCACCAUAUACACUAAAAAUAUGAAGUUCAAAGAACACAUUACCCAAUGCAAAUUUCCAUCUGUUCUCGGAAGACUCAUACAGAUACAAGUGUCGUAGCUUGCUACAGAGUUGAGUGGAAGCCCAUAACUUUGGUGCUGUAGUCAAAAUAGAUGUUACAUUUGGGGAGCAAAGUUUGACACUGACCUCACAGCUGACUGAGCUGCAAGACCCUCUGAGCAAUCCUGCUCCUCCUAGAGGGAUGGGGGGCACCUCCCUGAAUAAUGGUGAAAUUUCUGCUGAAGCAGUGCAUGCAGACCUCUCCUGCUAUCCAAGAUGCUGUGGCACAGGGCUUAGUAUUGCUGACACAGCAGGUCAGUGUUGACUAGA